AUGACAGUCACUCGAAGAAUAGGCGUCAAACGCGCUUUACCGGAUUACGCCACGAAGGCCUUCGAAACCGUGAAUUUCCAGCAUUUGUAUCGGAAAGUGGUUUUGUCAACUGAGGCUUCAAGCCCAAACCCUCCGGCGUCGGUAUCACCAGUUACGGAGAAAGCUGUAAUAUCUCACUAUAAUAAGGUGGACACGGCAAGCAAGAAGCCGGCUUACAGACACUAUCUUCUCACCGGUUCUCUGCUGCGUCAGAGCGUGGUAACCUGCCGGGACAGUGAGCUUUCUGGGAGCCGCUGUUCGGCAAGGGUGACGUGCUACUAUCAUGCAAAGAACUAUUCGCAAGACAAGCGACAGGAGAUGGUCGGCGAGAUGAUCGAUAAUCUCAUGUUUGAAUGUCAAAUCCUGAUGCUAAGGUUGCUGGCUGCACUUAUGGACCUCGGUGUUUUGGCUUUUCAGACUGGUGCCAGUCGAGGAAUCUUCGGCGGAACGAAAGAACCGGUUGGAGUCUAUGGCCUUAUGGGUAUCCGCAUUCGCGAAGGCACAGAGAGUUCCAAAUUCCGGAAGAGCGAGCCGCAGCGAGUGUUGGGGCUCAUCCGUAUCCCCCUGAUAAGAGCUUUCGUCGGAUCGACACUGCCACCAAUCCAUCUCCCUAGCAUGCCCCUCCUCAAGCUGACAGAGUCCUAUACUCGGGGAUGGCCGACCGCUGCGGGUGUGAUGGAUGUGGUUGUGCUACGGCUUCUGCUGACCCCACCUAGGAUUGGCUAUAUCUGUGACAUUCUUCACACGUACCAAGUUAAUCAGUGA